GCCUCAACCCGUACUACGGUCAUUAUUCGCGCUGUCGUAUUUUGCAAAAUCGCCAACACCAGAUCGCCCGUUCUCCGCCUUCUAUGGAAAUGCCGGCCUUCUGGCCCCUCACCACCACGCUGCCGGCGUGGACUAGGGACCCGACACAAAUGAAGUUCGAUCGCCUUCCGCCCAAUAUUUUGGGGCAACGAGAUCUUGUUUCGACAAAUCAGCCAACGGCGGAGGAGAUUGCCGCCGAUGCAGCAAUGAGGAAAAGCAUCAUCACCUCAGUGCGAAAAGUCUACUCUGGCGUGACAGCUCUAUACUUGACUUUCAUCGUGAUGACGGCGUUGUGGUUUGUUUGGAGGACAAGGAAGGAUUCUGCAUUGGCCAAGCGUUCGGUCUGGCUAACAAUGGUUGGCUUUCUCGGAAACUUUCUGAUAUCGUUCCCAUUCCUCAUGCUGCAAUCCAUGAGCUUCCCUUGCCCCAUGAUCAUGAUUUGUGUCUAUCUCGGCGUCUCCCUCACCGUCUUUUCUCUGUCCGCUCGUGCCUGGCGUCUACGAUACCUUUUCCGAUCGCACCAGGAAAAGCUAGCCAGGAUGCGCAAUUUGGAGGGCAGAUAUACCGGAGCGACGCCAGCGAAGACCGUUGAUAUUGAUGAGGACGAUGAAAAUGCCCAUGAGGAGGAUAGAGAAGGGGAAGAGCAGGACUCGCUGGAGCCCCUCGGAACAAGAAAGAAGGCGGCUGCGGAAUCGAGGGCCGACACCUUGGCGGGCUCCACAAAUCUAGUGAGUGGAUCAACAAUACUUGGUGAGGGGAAUAUACCGACACCAAUGCCUGUCCGCGGACAGAACUCUCGAAUGUCAACCGGCAAACCGAUUGCAGCCGGCUUCUCCGGCGCAAACGCAAGCGCGGCAACAAUAGCUGGUCGGAACGGAAGUCAAUUCCUACCGCCCAGUGGGACACAUCCAGGGAUCAAUCGCGCUCGGGGUGGAAGUGGGGACGAGGGAGUUCCAACUGCGGCUUCACGCCCGCGAUUGGGAGCAUUCAUCGCUCAGAGCAAAAGUCGAGCACAAUCAUUCUUUGGCUUUUUGUUCAACCAAAUGGACAGCGAUGCCUUCGCAGCUGCGGAGGAGGGUCAAAUCACGUCACCAACUUCCCAUCGUGCUCAUUUCGGUGGGCGGUCUCAACGCUUGGGCAGCAGCGCCUUGCAGAAGUCACAGACAGGGGGCCUACCAGGUCUGCGAAAUGGCUCGACGGCAGGCGCAGGUGCCAGCACAUUCUCAUUUUUCAACAAACGCCGCCUUGGCUCAACCACUGGCCCUUCUCCAGGCCCUAACUUCCACCAUCGAGCCUCGUCGGCCCUUACGAACACUCAAAGUACCGCUACAUCCCAAGAUGAACCUACUCGCAAACUACUGUACAUCCUUGCAUUCGUCAUUGCCUUUGUCGUACUGUAUAUCAGCGUCGUUCUGAUAUUCACAAAGCAAUUCAGCGUGAAUCCCGUCAGUUACAAAUGCCGCAUGGGAACUUGGGAGAUGACACCUGUACUCGUGCUGAUGGGUGGCUUCUUCAUGUUUGGAUGCCCCGCGUUGUGCUGGUGGUUGUGGAGGGACCAUGACACAUAUGGCAUACGAAGAGAUCUGAUUGUGUUUGCCAUUGGAGGAACCACCAUCGCUAUCAUGUACGGAAUACAGCAGAUGCUCCUUCCUGAUGGAAUUAACUAUGGCGAAUCAACCCUCCGACUCUACUUUGGCGCCUCUAACUGGAUCGUCAUCGGCGUUGCGAUCGGUCAUCUUACGUCGAUAUUCUUUCCCCUCCUGGGCUCUUAUGAUAUCCACCCAGGCCGAUCUUUGGAGAUUUUCUUCGGCAGAUUGUACCGUGCCCCGUCGCGGGACACAAACUCCGAGGACGGAGGCAGCAUAGAAAAGCUAGAUCAGCUGAGAGGUGCCAAGCAAACAGUCCCCGGGAGUACAGACUCCGUAGCUGCAACCGGAAGCGGCGACAUUGCGGAACUACAACCAUCGGAUAAGAAGAACUGCCUCCAUAUCGGAACCCAUGAGGCGGCCGUUGGUUACAAUCCAGCCGUAAAACGGAAUGCACACACUUCUUCUACGUCGAGAAGAACGAAUCAACGCAGUGGAGGACCAAGCGGACGUAAACCGAACGGAGGGCAUCCUCCAAAGAAAUGGAAACCAGGCGCAUCGACAGUUACCUGGACGCUAUUCCAAGGAGUGCUGGAUGACGAAACAUGUUUUGAAUCGUUCAAAACGUUCGCAGCGCGAGACUUUGGUGCGGAGAACCCUUUGUUUUACCAGGAGUACAGGAAACUCAUGGGUGAAGUCCGAGCGGCACAGGAAGCCGAAAAGGGAGGGCCGGUAGGAGGACAACCUACGGCAGGUUCUCGACGGCCGUCAACUGAUCCGCCGCCUCAGUCUAUUGAUGAUACCCCAUCGAGGAGUCCCAGACCUGAUCAGCCCCAAGGGGUGUCGGAAAAACCGCGGUCACAUGUUGCGGAAGCUCCACUUCCGGACGAACAUCGACUGGGAGCCACUCAAUCCGGCGCGAUAAGUAGAGACUCGGUAGCCGCCAAGAACUACCCAGUUUUUGACUUCACGGAUAGCGAUAGCAUCGCGCCAACACUCCGUAGCAAAGUGGCCAACAUGCUUCUCGCAGGAAAAGCCAGCCGCACAAGCUCGAAAAACCGUAACAGCAAGCAAAGCGUCUCAACGCAACGCAGUCAAAUAUCCCUAUUUGGGUUUGGCUCGUCGUCACAGCCCACACUGCACGCUCCACCCGUCGCUGGAUCAGAAGGGGGGCUCCUAAUCCCUCCGUCCAUGCGCGGUGACUAUGAGACGUUUUACAACACAUUUGUGGCUCCCGGAUCGCCCCUUCAAGUAUCGCUUCCCGCGCGAAUCGUCGAAGACAUUGCCAAGCAAGUAGCGGAUGAAUCACGGCGCGUGCUACCCCUCGUUAGCGUCUUUGACGAAGCACGAAAUGAAGUCUUGUCCGCCAUGUAUGCCAUGUUCCCAAGAUUUGUGGACGUCGAAAAGGAAGGGGUCGUCAAGAAGUUGCUGAAGCAUGCUGCGAAAAAGAACAGGGCUAGGGCUGUAAGGCGAACCGCACAGCCAAUAGAAGCAGCCGAUGCACCAGCACCGAGCGAGACAGGUUUUGAAUUUCACGAAAGCUUCGGGGAAAGUCCCGUCUGAGAUCGAUUGUUUUUCUUUAGAUAUACCCACUGCUCCAUUUGUAUCUUCGUAUGAAAAGUUCAUUGUUCAAUAGAUGUCCGAAGUGUUUACGCCUGCCGGAACCAAAUGGCGGCGGAAACUGACAGAUAUACCGAGUGGCGCAGCAAGGAACUCCGAACCGCGAUCCCGUCA